AUGAUGCAGGAUCCGACAGAGGACACCGAGUGGAAUGCUAUUUUGCGUGAGAAGGGAAUUUUACCGCCUUUACCGAAGCCAAAGGAAGAAUCACCUGGUCCAUCGCCUGAAACAAAAAGACGAGAAGCCGCCGAGGGCCUCUCCUAUGACAAGCUAACGGCAAAGAUCGAGGCCCUUGAGGAUGGCGGUCAGGACGAUGAUGAAGCCAAAUUCCUCGAGGAGUACCGUCAGAAGAGGCUGGCAGAGAUGCGUCAGGCAGCCGCCAGGGCGAGGUUCGGCAACGUCUGCGAGGUGACCAAGGUCGACUGGAUGAAGGAGAUUAACCAGGCCGGAAAGGGUGUCUACGUGGUGGUGCAUAUUGCGCGCAAAGGGUAA